CUCCAACAUCUUAUAAUGUAUAAUCUACCCCUAUAGAGAAACCCUCUGACUGCCCUGUACUGGUCGUACUUCAUUGAAUCGAUGGCGACAAAGAACGCUACGGCUCGCGCCCGUAUGGAAGAUGUCAAAACAGACCUCCGAUCCAUCUCAACAUGUACCGAGUCAACCGUUGCGGAAUUGCGGGACCUUCUGGCGGUAGAUACGAAUGAUUCAGCUGAGAAGGAGAACGUAAGGGGAAGCCGAGCGCAAUCGAAUAAGGCACAGGCUGCGAAGGCAGGGAAAACAGCCUCUGCGACAGCUCGGACAGCUGCAGGCACCACCACGAAGGCAGUUACACUCUCAACGCCUAGGGAAAGAUAUAUUCUAGCUACCGAAGUUGCGAACAUAACUCUCAAGUCCCUCUCCGACGCCCUGAAAUCCCACCGGCCGCUUAAGACCGCGAAAUCGAAACCCCCCUCACCCACCGAACCAGCGCUUUCAGGGACGCCGCGCCGAACGUUCUCACGGAGCUCUUCACUUACUCAGAAACCCCUCCAGGAGCGAUCUGUACCGCAGACUACCAAUUCCCCACGAAAGCCCACUACCCUUCGCCGCUCAUUGUCUUACUCGUCAUGCUUGACAACUGGACCGGAUCCAGGUUUGGUCGCUACAGCAGAAUGCGCACGGAUUGCAUUUGCAUACUUGAGGUCGGCGGAGGCAGCGAAGAUUGCGGGAAAGGAUGCUCCGGCGCUGCAGGUGGAAAGUGGAAUACUGGCGCUCAUUGGAAAGCUUGUAGCUCAUGGACAGGACGGUCUUGCUGUGAAGGAGCUACGGAUGCUGAAGAAACGGUUGGAACAGUUUCUACUCCCCAGCAAUGGUCGGAUAUUGAAGAAGGGGGCCGCGGCUCCGAAGGCAACUGUUGCGCAAGAGAAGGAAAGUCUAGCAUCAUUGCUGGAAUUUGGGGAUUUCGAUUUGACAUCACCGACACUACCCCUUAUAGUCAGCCUUCAGACCUAUGCUUUGCGGUUGAUGGCAAGAUUGCGACGCGCACGGCUGGUGGAAGAAGCAUGGACCUAUCUGAAACUAUCCAACCCAUCUUCACCGGCUAACCUCAUCUGUCACAUGGCAAAAGUGUCCAAUGCUGAUCCAAAGACACUCCGACAACUCGAAAACCUUGCUCAAAGUGUGUUAGCUCUUUGUCCCAGUAUCUCCCGCUCCGAGGAUGCAUCGCUUGAUCAGAAACACCUUCAACCCCCGCCCGACGUCGUUCUCUCCUUGCAGCAUCUGGCUUUCAAGAUCCGGCAAAGAUGGUGGAAGUUGGCAAAUCAUGUAACGAAUGAGGAGAAAGAGCUAUUGGAGCCUUUCACGAAAUGCAUGAUUACUUUUGCCCGGAGGUCUGAGUUGUCAGCAGUUAAGAAGUACAAAGUCGCGGAGCUGCUCUUCACGGACCUUGUGGGAAGCUCUGAACACCUGGCGACACUUCAGAAGCGAGGGAAGUCCAGUGCGGCCGCUUUGGCCGCGAAUACUCUGAGCUCCCUUGCGCAAUCAGCGAAUCUUCCUGCUGAAGCUCUGCGAUGGCUGGGGAAGUCAGGGUCGUCUGCGCUGCGCGAGGAGUCGGCUGCCGCAGCUGCCACGAGGCUUGUGCAAGGUGCCGUUCUCUCUCUCGGUGUCUACCUGAACGAUCCUGACCAAGGGGGCCCAGACCCAGCAAUCUCGGAUGCUUUGAACGCUCUCUCCGGGAAUCUCGGUGGCUCUCACUCUGAGCUGGAUUCUCUUUUCAUGCAGGCAAGUGCUUUACGCCGCACUGCUGCAAAAGCACUGUCAAAGAACAACUUGGGAUUGGCAUCGGGCCCACAACUCCAAACCCUAGCCUUGAACUGUAUUUCAGCAGCUGUUCGAUUCACCGCGCGAUAUCUUGGCACCAGUGUUGCUUCUGAUUUGGAACCACGGCACCAGCCUCGGUACAAACAACGUACUCAAUUUCUGGCGAACUAUGUCAAGAGUAUCCUGGAUUCGGCUUGUAUGUGUUGCAAAAUACCAGUUGGCUCGGAUCGGGAACCCCACUGGGUUAUUGUGGAUACUAUGUUGCACGACUGUAUCUCCAUAUUGAAACAUUUCGAUAACGCUACGAAUGACGAGAUCGAGGGAGCACAUGACCUGCAACAUGCGUUUGCUAAAGUCUCCAAUGCUUAUUGGGCCCUUCAUCUGCAACUCAAGACGCCCAACGGUACCGACAAGCUCUCCUUACGCGCAAUGCAGAGAUCAGCCGAGAUUCUGCGAUCAAGGCCUCUAAGCGAACAACAUGCUGGUCUCCUCACCAUGAAAUUGGAAAGACUCGCUGAGGCACUAGAAUCCCGAGGUGAUGCCUCAGCGUCUCGAAAAGCCAUUGUACAAUGUAUCGAAACGCUCACAGAGUUUGGUGUCCUUCGUAACGCUGGAGCCUUGGCUCAGACACUUCCAUUACAAUGCGUAUUCGAGAGUGACGAGUCUACGACGGGCCUUGCAAGGGCGAUUAAGUGGUAUCAGCGCUCCUUUCUCAAGUUCGGCACCGACGAUUCCAGUGAACUUGCCAUCUACGAUAACCCGCAACUGGGUCCCACCGAACGAGGACUCCUGUUGGAGUACCAGCUGCACUUAUAUGCCAAGAUUCUUUCGAAAAAUCGAGUAUGGGAUACCAGCCUGGGUGCUUCACUUCAAGCGCUUUCCCAGCGCCUACGGGAGAUAUAUGCUCCAGAAACCUUUCCCAUUCGACGUCAAAGGGCGCUUUUGGUUCUAUUUCGGCUAUCACAAGAACGACCGGAUUUGCUACAUCAGCAUGAAUUCGCCAAUCUGGAAGAUGUUAUGGAAAUCGAUGUGCAAGGUACCGAAGAUGAGGGCUUGGAGAGAUUUUGCAGCCAUUUCACGGCUCUUUGGAAACUCAAGCUUUGUCUACAAGACUCCUCAUCUUAUUCUUCCACUAUAAAGGAGUGCGUUUUGAUUUGGCAAGCGUUACUGAGCUCCUCCUCUUCUUGGAAAGAUCUUUCCGAGCGCGUGGAUGAUGUUGAGUUGUGGUUAACUGACUUGCAAGCCGCCUCUGACUACCUAACUGUAAAGGGCGAGGAGUACUAUGCGGUUCAGCUGCAAUAUCUCAUUUCUAGGAUCCUGGAGCUCGAGAAUGCCGUGGACCGCUCUCGUCUAGUCAAGAAUACUUCUCAUCUAGCCUUGCAGCUUCUUCGACUUGGAUAUACGGGGAAAGCUGGGCUUCUGUUCGCAAAGACGGAGAAGAUGGCAUCGGAUGUAAUGACGUCCACUGAGGCGAGACUGCAGUGGCAUCUAGGUUAUGCCGAGUACCUGCUUCAACUUGGAAAUCCGGUCAAAUGUGAAACAUCCCUAACUGCAGCAGAAACGAUUGCUAGACAAGACUCCGGGUUUAUGAGUCUAGCUGACCCCUCCACGACAUUAUCAGGCCGGACGCGAUUCAAUAGGAUUCUCGCGGACGCCUGCUAUGUGCAUUCUCUUCUAGCCUUCCAUACUGGACACCACCAGGAUGCUGCCAGACGCGUGAGGCAAUGCGUUGCUCUCAACCGGAGAAUAUGGGCCGCUCUGGAAAAUAAGCAAACUUCAACAUCUCCAGUGGCUCCCUCAGGGAGUGACACCGAAGGAGAUAAAACCGUCAUGGUCUCUUUUGAUCCCCUAAGCACGAUGCGAAACGAUAAAGGGAUCCCGCUGGUCAUGUCUGUUACUCAUGGGUCUCUGGACGGCCCUAGCUUUUGGCCGCUAGUACCCCGACUUUACCACGGUCUUAUGCUCCAAUCACACAUCUACGCCCAUCAAGGCUUGCUACAGGAAGCGGUCUACAUAGCGGAGCAGGCAGAAAUGGUAGCAUCUGCUGUCAACGCCCGAUCUCUCAUUGUGGACAAUGCUAGCCGAAGAGCUGAGUACUGGGUGCAAGGAGGGCGUACAGAUAAAGCACAAUCUGCUUUGGCGGUUCCCGAGAAAUGCCUGCGGGAGAAUCAUAUUUUCAUGGCCGCCUAUCACUCAUCCAUGGCACGAAUCCGCCAUGCUAAUGAAGAAUUCGACGAAGAGCUUUCUGCAUACGAAAGGUUGGAGGGCUUGUUGUCUGGGCUUUCCUCGCCCUCUUUCAUUGAGGAGAUGGUGGGUAGCUCGGCAAACAUGGACAGUCUUACCACGCAGAUGGCCGCGGUUAGUCUCGAGGCUUCCGAGCCUGCAAAGAAACCUACGACAAGAGCACCUAGGGGCCGAAAGCCAGGCGCCCCAACUGCCCGCAAGACGACCGCAAGAGCCCCACGCAAGGCUCCUGUGAAGAAUGUACAGACCACUCCCACCCCGCCGACGAGUAUUGGAGAUGAGUGCUUAUCGCUCUGCCGUCUUCAAGCUGACAUUGCACGUCGAAGAGCCCUGGUAAAUCUUCUCCAGGAAGACGUUUCUAAAGCGCUUGAGCUACUCAGUCAAGCUCAGCUGAUCGAGAGGGGUGCGGAGAAAAGCGUGUCUCACGCAUGGUUAAGCUUCAAGGCGAGCUUGUCAAGAGGCAUGCAACAGCUCGCCACCGACCUCACCUUCAACACUCUUCCGGAGUCGACCAUAGCAUUUCCUGCCGUACGGGACAGGGAUCGGAAGAACUCUGGAAUUGUAUCGACGAAAAGGACAAUCGCAGCGACAGCCACAACUAGAGGCGGCAGGGUCAAGAAGUCGGUCAAGGAGGACUUCAUCGCAUCCCUGCGUGAAGCUCGGGACCGUCUCUUGGAAUCCCACAAUCUGUGUGCUCAGAUUGGAUCGGCUGCCAGCUUUCAGCAGGCUUCCUUUGCUCUGGCGUCGGUAACUGUGUUGUUGUCGGCGGUUUCUAAUGAGGAUGCGCAGGGAGCAUUGCACCCGUUGUAUGCGGCUUAUAUGAGUGAAAUUCCAAGGACAAGGUCGCUUAAGCAUGCUCAAGCAAUCGUCCAGGUCGAGCAGGAGAAGCUGUCACGCGAUGAAUAUCUGGCAUGGCCGGCACUAAUCAUCUCCGAGCGAGAGCAGUUGUCGGCAGCUUCAGACUUCCAGAGAGAGUACAUCGACAUAAUACCGAAGAACUGGACUGCAAUAUCUCUCUCGUUGAACGAAGAUCAUGAUGAGCUGUACAUUACUCGCUAUGAUGCUGGACAGUCACCAUUCGUGAUCCGUCUGCCAAUGGCACGGCAUGCGUCUCGGGACCUGGAUGAAGUAGAAUUCACCUUUGACGAUGGCAAAAAAGAUUUUGAAGAGAUUAUCGAGCUCAGCGACUUCUCGACGCGGACUGCCAAAGACAUGACCACAAAGGAGAAGCGGCUGCAAUGGUGGACGGAGCGUGAAGCACUGGAUACCAGGCUUCAUGAGCUCCUUCUCAACAUUGAAAAUAUAUGGCUUGGUGGCUUCAAAGGGGUAUUUUCCCAACAUUCUCGCGAGCCAACAUUGAUGGCCCGCUUCCGCAAGUCCUUUGAGGCCACGCUCAACAAGCACUUGCCAUCACGGCAAGGCAAAGGAGCUCAGGCACACCCGGCUUUGGAUCCUCGGGUUCUGGAUCUCUUCAUUGGGCUGGGUGAUGCGACCGACGAGAAUCUCGAUCUUGACGAAGCGCUCAUGGAUCUCAUAUACUUCGUGGUAGACAUCUUGCAGUUCAACGGAGAGCGGAACGCCUACGAUGAGAUUGAUUUCGAUUCCAUGGUCAUCGAGACGCUGGAUGCUUUGCGUGCCUACCAUCGAGCAUGCCAUGGUGCAGCUCCGGACAAAACGCACACGAUUCUCAUCCUCGACAAGAGCCUGCACACGUUCCCCUGGGAGUCCUUACCUUGUCUACAGAAACUUGCAAUAUCCCGUCUGCCUUCACUCCAGGCUCUCCGCGAACGGCUCCUCGCAGCAAGAUCACCCACGACCAUCGACGACGCUGAGCCAGGUCACUACAUUUCCACCACCGCCGGUGGAACUAGCAUUCUUAAUCCAUCGGGCGACCUCACACAUACCCUGAAGACGCUCAAGCCCCGCCUAGAUAGUCUGUCCGGCCCCUGGACGCACAUCACGAAUCGGCCACCUUCGGAGUCCGAAUUCGAGAGCGCGCUGAGAACGAAUGACCUCCUCCUCUACUUUGGCCACGGCAGCGGCGCCCAGUUCGUCAAGAGUAAAGCCGUGCGUCGCUUGUAUCCGGGUCCCGACGCUACGAAACCUGGGUGCGCAACUGCGCUGCUGUUUGGUUGCUCAUCGGUGCAUUUGACGACGAAUGGAGUGUAUGAGCCUAGUGGCAUGUUGGCGUCGUAUCUGACGGCUGGGGCGCCGGCGGUGGUGGGGAUGUUGUGGGAUGUCACGGAUAAGGAUUGCGAUCGGUUGGCUGUGAGGGCGGGGGAGUUGUGGGGGCUUUGGGAGGAGGUUAGGGAGGAGGAAGCGCCUAAGACGGCGGCGAAGAAAGGACGGGGGAAGGGGAGGAUGGUGGAGGAAGAGGUAGAAGGGGCAAGGGCGGCGAGUGGGAAGGCGAGAUCUAGGUCGAGAUGUGAGAGGGUGAAGGGUGAUAAAAGGAGUGAAGUUGGGGAGGAUGGGGAGAAAGGGAGGAAGAAGGGUGUGGGGUUGGAUGAGGCGGUGAGGCAGGCGAGGGAGGCGUGCGUGAUGAGGUAUUUGAAUGGGGCGGCGGCUGUGGUGUAUGGGGUCCCGGUGUUCUUGGGAUAGAGGAGGGCGAGGUACAUAGAGUGUUUGGCGAGAAGGGAUAGAGUGUGAUUAUGUGUAUUUCUCGUAUCUCUCGUGUGGGAUGUUGCACAUGUAGAACUGUGAGCAUUUUCAAUGUACGGAACAUGGC